CUGACGGGACAGCAACGCGACGCCGGCCUUGACCUCUGGUCAGAUCUGACCACAACUCCCCCUGGCAUACACUCUUUCACGCCAAAUGCAAAUCCCCAUAACAAUAGACGCUACAGACGUUCAAACAAGCCUAGUUACUCGUUGAACAUGCAUACACAUCGCUCAAGUAGACAUUUUAAAACGCCUGAAAAAGAAGCUCGAACAGCCGGACUGAGUGAACUGGCGGACAUGCGGCAGUUUCAAAUGUGCAUUCGAUAUGACGCCUUGGCAACAAAGCAUAGCUGCAAGGAUUGUGUUGGUACAAUUGGAUGUGAAGAGGAGCUGGGCGUCGGAUUGGCUGCAGUCGUCCCAAAUAACGCGACGAGAUUUGUCAAGCUGGGACAGAUGGCAACUGUACACGCAGUUGUCAUAAUGUUAUCAUAA